AUGUUUGCUCUAACAGGUGACAAUCCAAACGCAGAAUCAGGAGAUAUUCACUUGCAACGAUUACCCCACAGUAGCACAGAUCAUCAUUCGAUCAGCAGAACCUCUGUGAAAAGCAAUGAUAAAUCAGAAGGCAGAUGUAAAGAAGUCGAAGAAAAACCCAAACAAGCACACAUGAGUGACAUGGAAAAGAUUUGGCAGAAUAUAGUGGAAAGGAUACAGAAUAAACAUCUGAAAAAAUUCUUAUGCCAUCGAGUGGAGCUUGCGUCAUUAUCCGUAUCAAGGGCCAAUGCAAUUGUUCAUUUAAUGUUCAAAAGCUCUGUGGACAAGGAGGCAGCCCAAAUUUCAGAACAAAGUAUAUCAAAAGCCCUUGAAAACGCCAUCGGAUGCCCUGUUACCGUGAAUAUGAGCCUUGAACCUGCCUCUGGGAUCAUUGAAGAAACUAGGAUCUCCAUAAAAAGCCAGGUGAUUAAUCCUAACCAGCAGCAGAGAACAUUUCUCACUGAAGCUGCAACACGCGGAAUUACAGCUCAGGAGUCAUCUUCUUCAUCAGAGAACCAAAGGGCCAUGAAGUUGAAAGACAGCUUAUUUUAUUCAGGGCAAGACAGAAGUCCAUCAGAAGGAAAAGAGACACAUGCAUCUCGGCCCCAACAGGUCUUACCCUUUCUCAGAUUAUGGACUCAGAAAAACCAAGUUGAUACAUGUGCAGAACCUGAAAGGGAUAUUUUAACAACGGACCAAACCUCAAUAGACACAGCCCAUAUCAUGACAGCCACCAAGCUUAAACACCAGUGGUUGUCAUUGUCCUCGAUUCCACAAAGUGAUGUAAGUGUAGAACCAUACAGUCAAGAUAUAUUGUUUGAGAAGGCAAACAGAGAAAGAGAAAGAGAAAGAAAGGCGAGGAAAAUCCCUAAGUUCCAGGGGGGGCACUCAAAGGCUACUAGAAAUCACCAAUUGCCAGACAGUGCAAUGGACGCGUAA